CCGAAUGAUGGGAAAUUUUGCACAUGAACGGAAAUCCAACCCUUUAUUUUACUGGCUGUUUCCGUGUGGCAUUCAGAUAGUCAUGAGUGCGGUUAACAGCAAAUAUUGGUAGCCAUUGGACUCCUUGCACAUCUGUCUAGUGGGAAAGACCCGUCUCAUUUUCGUUGGUACGGAAGCCGAGAGGGGACCGGUUGAUUACACGGCGGCGGUGGGUCUCCACCCGAGAGUAUGGCGGUCAGGAUUGUAUUCGUGAACGCAUAAGGAACGGGGAGAUGAAAGAGAUGGUGAAAAAGCAACGAAACUUAUAUUAAUAGGCCUAACUCUUGAAUUUGUAUUUAUUUAUUUAUCAACAUUUGUUGAGAUAAAACGCGCAAGUCUUGCAGAAUCCAUCAGGAACCGUCCUGUUUUUUCUCCAAUGUCUUCGCUGGAGCAAGUUUUGUUUUUUUGUGAUACAUAGAAUGGUGAGCUAAGCAGAUGAAAAACCACACGUUUCACAUUGUCCAGCGUUUUGAUACCUUUUAAUGCAUUUAAAAAAAAAAAAUUGCAGUCGUUUCGAUGCGCAUAGCCUAGUAAUCAAUGUCUGGUGUGCCUGUGGGAAUUUCUACAAUGAAAUCCAUCUUCGGGCAGCGAGUCUUUGUGCUCAGCUUUUUAUUUGCCAUUGCUGAGCGGUGGUAAGAAAGGCUGUAUUUUUAUAUCCGUUCAAAAUGGGACUUGAAUAAAUGCCAUUUGCUCGGAUAUAUUUUAUUCUAUGUCGCGCGGAGAGUGAUAGCUUUCGACAAUCUCUUGAAAUCAUCAAAUAACAAGGGAGCAAUGCGCGAGUACAAAGUGGUGGUCCUCGGCAGCGGUGGGGUCGGGAAAUCCGCCCUCACUGUUCAGUUUGUGACCGGGACGUUUAUUGAGAAGUACGACCCGACCAUAGAAGAUUUUUACCGCAAAGAAAUCGAGGUGGAUUCCUCACCCUCUGUUCUGGAGAUUCUUGACACUGCUGGUACCGAACAGUUCGCAUCCAUGCGGGACCUUUACAUAAAAAAUGGUCAAGGUUUCAUAUUGGUCUACAGUCUUGUCAACCAGCAGAGCUUCCAAGACAUCAAACCCAUGAGGGACCAGAUCAUCAGAGUGAAAAGGUACGAGAAGGUCCCAGUGAUCCUGGUGGGGAACAAGGUGGACCUGGAGAGUGAGAGGGAGGUGUCGGCCAGCGAGGGCCAGGCUCUGGCCGAGGAGUGGGGCUGCCCCUUUAUGGAGACCUCGGCCAAGAGCAAAACCAUGGUGGACGAACUGUUCGCCGAGAUAGUUCGGCAGAUGGACUACGCCGCCCAGCCAGACAAGGAUGACCCAUGUUGCUCCUCCUGCAAUAUACAAUAGCCCCAGAGCCUAGGGGACGCCAGGGGGACAAGGGAGAGAGGAAGUCUGCAUACACCAAGAUACUGUACACAGAGAGGAGGAUUAUACUCACACCAACAACAUGGAUGAUUAAUAAACUCAUGGUAGAACUGUGGUGGAUUUUAACUCAUUGGUGCAUAAAAUCAGUCAUGAUGUAAAUGAUAAUAAUGACAUGUUAAUAAUUAAUAGAAUGAAAUGAGGAAUGCAAAGGAUUUGCGCAAGAGAAAUUGACAAACCGUACUAAAGAAAAGUGCACUCGCCUUAUGUUAUCCUGUUUUCUCUGGCGGAGAAAAAAAUAUGUCUUGAGUCGUCCGUGCAGAAUUACAGGUUUUGUAGUCUUUAUGUUUUCUGCGAUCGGCUUCGGUAAUGUUUAUUUUACAUUGUUUUGGUCUUGUUGAUAUGACCUAGUUUCUCUGUGCACAUCAAGCUGGAGCCUUCUUUCUCCAUGUUAAGUUACCAUGACAGCGCAGAGCGGCAGAUAGAGGGGAGGAGAUAAUCCCUCUGAUCAACUUGUUUGAAACAUUGAUGAGUAAUUGAUUUGUGUGCUAAGUUUUCCUGUGCAGAAAAAUAGAGGGCCUACCUACCUUCAUCCAAGGGUAAACAUUUUUUUGUUGCACAUCACUAGGACAGAACCAAAGAGGUGACUUGAAAGCGCCUCCAUUUUUUCCCCUCUUAUUUCCUUUUUAGUUGUUUCGAGGAAUGGAAAGAAAAUGGUGGAAAAGUCAGUGUCAUUCUUGAAACAAUGUUGUCUUCUCCUUCCUAUUUUCUUAUGAUAAGUGUAGCAGAGGUAGGUAGGUGUCUGUCACAUAUCCUGUGAUUUGUUUUGGUUUCAGGAGGUUCUGACAACAGAUUCCUGAAUAUUGUAACAGUUUCAUUCGGAUGGGACAAGAAGGACUCCAUCUUUCAGUGUUUGAAUAUCUCAACAGACUCUGUCUCUAGAAACUGUCUUCUUUUCAGGAAUGAAGAUGUCAUCACUCAUCAUUCUCUACAUUUUAUUUUUUUGGUUGGGUAUCACAAAUGGGAUGCGACGUUUUGUCAACAUCCCACUCUUUAUGUAUUCAGAGUAUUGAAAUUCAUAGUAGGCUAAUAAUAGUGAUGAUGAUGAUGAUGAUGAAUAACAAUUAUAAUUAACGGUAGUGUAAAUAUUUUGUAUGGAAAGUGCCAGCUCCUAUGAAGACACUGACUCAACACAUGUGGAAUUGUCAACUGUAUGCAUGGCUAGUAAAUUUAAAAAAGGACUUCAUCGUUUGAGAUUAUAAUAGACUGUGGAAACGUGCAAACCAAACACAUACACGUCUGGGUCUGGACACUGUCUCAACUGUAUGUCGUUGUUGCCACGGGGAACCAGACCUUCCCUGAGUUACCAUUUUUCAUUGUUCAUUUUAUAUUUUUUUUAUGUGACCAUUUACUCUUUCUCCCUCCCUAAAUGAAUGGUGACACUGUUUCAUUAGGCACCCAAACAAUAAAAGUGUGUUUAACACAAUAUAUCCAA